AUGUCUACUAGGCUAUGGUUGGAAGUGGUUGUGUUUCUUUCCAGUUGUCUGCAAUCAUCUAAGAUCCCAACUAGCGCAAAGGUCCUUACACUGUUUAUGCCACAAACGACUGCGGCCUGA